UUGACUCCUCCUCCAGUUCUGCACACGUGCAAGUGCACUCAGGCUUCACAAACUCACUCAGCCUCACACAGUGCAAGACAAGUUCACCAGCUUUCCAAAACACUGGGAGCUUCUCAGAGAGCAUUCCUGUUGGAUUCUCUGCACAUAAAGAAAGGUGGAUUGAGAUCUGUGGAGCUACUCCUCAGUGUUCUGACCAUCCCUUUCUCUACACAAAUCUCCCCAACACAGAAGGGCACAGAGGCGGAUCAGAAGCUGACAUUUUAUAAACCUUUACACACAUGCACACACCCACACCUUCUCCCAGUCCAGGGUAAGAGUUACUUUUGGAGGGGUCGCGGUUCUCUGGCAGUUCUCUGAGCUCAGAAAUACACAUGUGCACAGAUGCUCCCACACACUCUCUUGUAGGUGUUUUUACUGUAUUAAGAAGUUGUUCGAAAAAUAUCUUCAUCUUCUGCUGGAAUCUUUUUGCGUUACAUAAAUCCAGGAAUGGACUUUACUGCCAUCAUCAAGAUUAUUUGAAGGGCACUGCUGUGAUCUGCUCUGCUAAGGGAAUUUGACAAAAUACACACUAUUUAAUGCUAUAGAGAGAAGGUGAGUGUGUGUGAGAUCAUGUCUCCAUUUUUGAGGAUCGGCUUCUCCAGCUUCGAGAUGGACCCAGGACUCGCUUACCAUGAGGAGGUGCUCAACCCAUACUGUGCUGUCUACAUGAAGGAGUCUGUAGAGACAGAAAAGGGUCAGAUGUAUAAGCAGAAGCGGCCCACAAUGUACCCUCCGUGGAGCAGCACAUUCGAUGCCCAUGUUCACAAAGGAAGAGUGAUGCACGUGGUGGUGAAAGACAAAACAGCUGAGUUGAAGACAGAGGCUACCGUUAUGCUGGACACACUCGCGUCCCGUUGCAAAAAGGAGAAUGGCAAGCUUGAAAUCUGGGUGGAACUAAAGCCACAGGGUCGCCUGCUGAUGGAAGCACGCUAUUUCCUAGAAAAAAAGGAUGCAGGGCAUGGUGAGGGAGAUGGAGAUGAAGAGCCUGAGCAAGAGAGAGAGGGGAUGUUUGCGCUGCAUCAACGUCGUGGUGCGAUCAAACAAGCCAAAGUCCACAUGGUGAAAUGUCAUGAGUUCACAGCCACUUUUUUCCCACAACCAACCUUCUGCUCGGUCUGCAAGGAGUUUGUCUGGGGUCUGAAUAAACAGGGAUAUCAAUGUCGACAAUGCAACGCUGCCAUCCAUAAGAAGUGCAUCGACAAAGUUAUUGCCAAAUGUACAGGUUCAGCUAUUAACAGCAAAGAAACAAUGAUCCAUAAAGAGCGGUUUAAGAUCGACAUGCCACACCGCUUCAAAGUGUAUAACUAUAAAAGCCCGACCUUCUGUGAGCAUUGUGGCACGUUGCUUUGGGGAUUGGCACGCCAAGGCCUCAAAUGUGAAGAAUGUGGCAUGAAUGUUCAUCACAAAUGUCAAAAGAAAGUGGCAAACUUGUGUGGCGUCAACCAGAAGCUCAUGGCCGAGGCUCUGGCUAUGAUUGAGAGCACUCAACAGGCCCGAAGCUCCAGAGAUAAUGAUAUAAUAGGGCGUGAGGGACCGGUAGGUUUAGGACAAGCCGGAGUCGUCAGAGAGCCCUCGGGCUUUGCGCCACCUCUACCAACCCAUACCCCAACCCUUGCUCCAGCACCACCACUGCCACGCAAAGAGCAGCAGGGUAUAGCCUGGAAUGCUCCAUUAGAGGGCAAUAGUCUGAGGCUCAGUGAAGAUUCAGAGCCCUUGUAUGCUGUCCCACACAAAGAGCACCACAAAGUCUCUCUGGACGACUUCACCCUGCACAAGAUGCUAGGAAAGGGCAGCUUUGGCAAGGUGUUUCUUGCCGAGCUGAAAACCACAGGGAAGUUCUUUGCAGUCAAGGCUCUAAAGAAAGACGUGGUCCUGAUGGACGAUGACGUGGAGUGCACUAUGGUCGAGAGGAGAGUUCUGUCUCUUGCCUGGGAACAUCCCUUCCUCACACACCUCUACUGCACCUUUCAGACUAAGGAGAAUCUGUUCUUUGUGAUGGAGUAUCUAAAUGGAGGAGAUUUAAUGUUCCAUAUCCAGGCUUGCCACAGAUUUGAUCUCCCACGCUCCACGUUCUAUGCUGCUGAGAUCAUCUGUGGGCUGCAGUUUCUACAUUUAAGAGGCAUUGUGUAUCGGGAUCUAAAAUUGGAUAAUAUUCUGCUCGAUAUCGAUGGUCACAUUAAGAUUGCAGAUUUUGGGAUGUGUAAGGAGAACAUGCUUGGGGAAGCUCGAACCUCCACCUUCUGUGGAACUCCGGAUUACAUCGCACCAGAGAUUUUACUUGGGCAGAAAUAUGGCACCUCGGUGGACUGGUGGUCAUUUGGAGUCCUACUGUAUGAGAUGCUGAUUGGUCAAUCACCGUUCCACGGGCAUGAUGAGGAGGAACUGUUCCAGUCCAUCCGCACUGAUGACCCUUGUUACCCACGCUGGCUGACCAGAGAUGCUCGGGAUAUUCUCAUUAAGCUCUUCGUUCGGGAGCCAGAGCGGAGACUGGGUGUGAAGGGAAAUAUUCGACAGCAUCUUUUCUUUAGGGACACCGACUGGAAUGCACUAGAAAAACGGCAAAUAGAGCCACCAUUCAAACCCACUGUGAAAUCACCAAGUGACUGCAGUAACUUUGAUAAGGAGUUCAUUAACGAGAAGCCUCGGCUAUCCUGUGCCGAUCGGACGCUCAUCAACAGUGUGGACCAGACUAUGUUCAAGAACUUCUCCUUUAUUAACCCUGGAAUGGCUCGCCUUAAGAACACCUGAAAGAUGUGCGCGCGCACACACACACACACACACACACACACACACACACACACACACACACACACACACACACACACACACACACGCA